AUGGCACGAAUUCAUAUAAUAACAAUUGUUAACCCAGCUCCCGUCGAGGCAAACCCUCAGCUGGAUCUGCUCGGCGGCUACGAGCUGUUUGGGAUUUGCGUGAAGAAUUGCGCCCAGUGUAAGAAGGUGUACGGAGCGUACUUCGAGGGGCAGCGCUGUGCCGAGUCGUGCAUUAAGGACCGCGGCCGCCCCGUGCCGGACUGUGAGGACAUCGCUUCCAUAGCACCGUUUCUGCACACGCUCGAGGCGCAGAAUUUACUGUUUUGA